GCUAGCUGCAUAUUUUCUGCAAUAUGGAAAUAUACACACGUCCAUUACGAACUGCAAGCUGCAAGACAUCAACCGCAUUUUAUCCUCCUGCAAAUAUCGUUUUCCGAUAUAUUAUAUAUUAGAGGCCCUGUCUUGGCAUCCUGAAUCAUUAAAUACUACCACGAAGAGAUGGAUAGCGGAGCGCGUCUUAGCGACGACUCGGAUCUGUUUCACACGUCCCAUCUCCAAGCUACGGUGAGGGAGCUUCAGGAGAGAGUCAGGGAGCAUGAGGCCGCGUUGAACGAGCUGCGCGCUACUCCAAGUGCGCAUCGCACAAGCCAGCCUUACCCCCCAACAGCGCCAUGGGAUAUCAUGAAGAUAGCUUACGAUGAGCUGGCAUCGCAAACACCAUUCCUUCCGUUUCCGGAAUCUGUAUUACCUGCUCUUCUAGCACUCCGCAAAACCCACCAGACUGUGGAGGAGACAAAGGCCUAUCUAGCCUCUCAUAAAGACUCAGUUGAGAAGACCAAGCGACGACUCGAGGUUGAGAAGUCCAAUCUCGAAGAUCAGAAAGCCCUUUCGCAGAGUUUGCGCAAUCGCAUACAAUCAUUGCGAGAUGGCUUGGAAAGCCGAAUGGAGAUGGGACCGGAGGACAUAGCUGCAGAACGGGUAAACGAGCUGAAGCAAAAGAAAAAGUACUACGACAAGGAAACUUCUAAGCUUCUCAAAGCGCUGAGGAAGUUUAUCGACGAGCAUCUUGCGGGGAUGCUUGCUGCCGAAGAGCUCGGAGGCCCUGUUGUUGGCGAUAUCAUGGACAUCGAUGGGUCCGAUCUCGCCGCAGGAUUUAGCUCCCAGGGCAAGCUGAAAAAGGCCAAGGAGAAUCCCGAUGAGGAUAAACGACAAAGGCGUAUCGACGAGAUAUGGGGUAUACGAGAGGAUGGCGAGCCAACAGGGAGAGCUAAGGCAGGCAGCCGGGAUGAAGCUGCGGCCGCGGGUGAGGAGAUGCGUACCUUAACAGAGGAACUGCUCAACGCCUUAGCACAAUCCGACGGCGAUAGUUCAGCCGCCUACGUCCAGCUUCCUAGGGAGACGGCAGCUGCAAGGUUCCUAGUCAGGUCUAAAGUCGCGCAGUUUCACCCUAGGGACUCUACCAAGCUCCGGCUAAUCGACUUUGGUAAAGACUUGGAUGAAUAACCUGCCCAAGCUUCCGCUUCCGGUUUCACGAUUUAUACAUGUACAUGCAGAUGCAAGACAUUGCAUAGACUACUGUACAUGUAGCUAUCAAACUAAACUAAGAGAUUGUAUUCUCUAUAAUUAGGUAGGCUUAACGUCUAAAGAUUAGGGGUUUUUUUGGUUGAAUUACUCAGUUCAAAAAGAGCGACCCAAAUAUUAACUUAGGUGGCGUUUUAAGGACUACCAUUAUUCUACCUACACGAAUACCGAAGACAAUUUUAGAACAAUGCGCCUCCGCGUUUUCCCACUUGUAAUUUGUAAUAUAUCUACGAUUCCGAGAUGGCGGAAACGAAGAAUCAUGUAUCACGGUUGACAACA